UUACCCUUGUGCUUAUCGAGAUCCAACUUUUUUCUUUGAUUCUGUCAAGAAUCUUAAAGAGCUUCUGGGCUUCAUUUGAUUCUUGAGAGCGAUGUUUUGAUUGAAGCUGAGGAUUGAUUUUCUAAAGGGUUCUUGCAGAUUCAAUUGAAAACCAGUUAGAGACAGGCACAGGAGAUUUUGAGGAUUAUCAGGUGUUGCAAAUAUUAAAUAAAGUCAUGGAUGAUGUGCAGAAGAAUGAUGACAGUAAGCAUCUAAAGGUGCACUUCGAAUCUGAUAUGGUUAAUUACCGCCGAAAUUCAAGCUUCCCAUCAUCUUCUUCAUCAUCAUCAUCUUCAACUUCAUCGUCACCACGUUCAUCACUGGAAUCAGAUGUUACUGACAAAGCAGAUGUUAAUGGCUCUUUCGAAACUACACAACAGGGCCAGGAGUCUCAGGGGCCUCCGCCAUUACCAGAGGCUUCUUCUUCUCAGACUCUUACUUGGAGCCUGCAAAGUGGAUCAUCAGGACAAUCCUCUCAACUUCAGACGAUGGGGCGGCCUGCAGGAUAUGAUCCAAGUCGAAUCCCAACGUCUAUUUUCGCCAGUAAACCUUCAACAGGCAUGGAUUGGAGUGUUGCUUCAAAUGAAUCAUUGUUUAGCCUUCAUGUGGGGAACAACAGUUUCUCCAGAGAGCAAUUUUCUAUGCUGUAUAAAUCUGGAGAACUGACCUACCCUGAUGAGUUGUUUUACAUUCCAACUCCACUUCCCACAGUUACUGAAGCAGAAACUGUUGAAAUGAAGAUUCACAAUGUGGAGAAUGAGACUGUUGAAAAUAAAGAUCCAAACGUGGAGAAGAGGAGUGUUGAAAAUACGAGUGCAAAUGUGGAUAAAGAGAAGGUUGAAAGCACGAGUGUAAAGGUGGAAAUGGACUCGGUAGAAACAGAAGAAGCUGCAGAUGAAUCUGAAAGGACAGAUUUAAGUGAUAUUCCUGGUGAUCAUGGUAGAAAUAAGGCGCCUCUUAUUGUGGAAAUCAGGGGUUCUGCUACCUCUUACCGUUCUGAUGACAGCAAUCACAGCACCAAGUCAUUCCAAUUUCCACUGUUGGCAGGUCAUGAGGCUGGAAGACAAAGCCCUGCACAGAUGACCUCAGUAAAGCAGCAGCCAGAGCAUCACACACAGCAGGAGAUGCAUAAGCAGGAGGAAGGGCCUGAAACACCUGAUACACCUGAAACACCCCUAAAGGCUACAGCUCCAUCAUCCAGUUGGUUUUCUUGGUUUUACUGUUGCAUGGUCUGUCGUUGAGAGAAGGAUAGAUUUUCUUCCUAAUGAUCAUGCCGUGAUCUCCUUCAAUAAAAGAUAAGCCAUAGAAAUGAUGAACCAAGAGAGUGAACAAUUGGAAAUUGAUGCACAUAGAUGAUGACAGAUCUAAAUGGUGUUAAAUGGUAGAUGUGGUUUCAAAACUGAUGUACAGACAUACGUAUACGGUAUAUGUAUAUGUUGGAGAAAUUGGUUUGCACUCAACACUAAUUCUGCUUAAUAUGUAUCUUCAAUAUUGCAAAAUCUGACUCUUGUUAGCCA